AAAUAGUUAAAUGAAAUAUCUUUAUAUCGUUAAAAUGUUCACCACAGAAAACCAUUUUACUUGUAUAUCGGAUGUCACGUUCGCCUAUGUAACAAGGUGUAUUUUACGGGUAAUCUGUGUUUUUAGAUGUUCCCCAGCUUUCGUAUGUUUUUAUCCAUAUUGUUUCUGUUAGAGUUGUUUCCCCUUGACUUUGGCGGGAUUUGUACAUGUCACGUGAAUCUCGAUUUCAUUCCGUUCAGCGCGUUGGUUGGUAGUAAGGUGGCUACUACUUUCAACUUUUUAUUCUAAUUAUUUUAUCUUUUACUUAUCUGACUAAUCUGCAUGUAUAUAAUAAUUGAUGCAUUGUUCUUCACAGCAGCACUCGGUGAGAUUCAUUUGUGUGGAUGAUGGCGUAUAUCUUAAUUGUGUAAAAGGGCUAAAGAUCCUACAGAUCUUGCCUACCUUGCUCACAUGCUUACAUGAUUACGUGAAUGUACAAUGUAGUACUGUAGACUGAUAAUUUACAAGAUGUACCGGUAUACUUUGUGAAUAUGAUGAACUGUAAAUAAUGUAAACAUUUGUCAAUAAACUACAUAUGAUCGAACCUGAAGAGAAGAUUUUGUAUAUAUUAAUACCCCUGAAGUGAUACCCAAAAUUACACCUAUAUCAAACAAUUAAGAUUUCAUAUGAUUAGAACGUUAACAAUUGCACAAGAGACUACUAAAGUACAAUAACCAAAAGUUUGAGGCUGCAGUGUAAGUUUGGUGAUACCAUCUAUUGUGAUGAACAUGUUUUUGUGAAUAGUUUUAUACUACUGGAGAAAGAUUUUUUCGUUUGUUUAGAUUACGUCGAACGUUAAACUGUUAACUAUGAUGGGUUUGGUAGCCAAAGAUCACGUGACAGCCGAACCGUGUGACGACACAGCGGUCGCAGCACGUAAGCAUUAUGCAAUGUACGUUUGGACUGCCGGGUUCGAUCAUAACGUUCCCGGCUGUGACAAAGACAAGUUCUUAGAAUGGAAUACGAAAGGUCCCUGCUUUACCCAUGUUUGGAACACGAAAGCAAAACGUGACUGGUUGUGGGCCACAUGUAACCUGCACGGAAGGGAGGUAGAUACCAUAUUUGUAAGUGAUGUGCAUCAUAAUCUGAAAAAAGCAUACGACACAGGGGAUUGCACUUCAGGGGCGAUAGCUACCGUUAAGGACAUGCUGGUAGAGGGUCAUACAAAGGUGUCAAAUCUCAAGAUAUACGGACUGUAUGCUGUAAGUGACAUCGAUGUUUCGGAAAAGGAUUUAGUCAAAUAUAUUGUAUAUUACAACGAUGUAUGUGCAAGUAAGAGACUUUUUUCGAUUCUAGCCUAAACACAUUGUAAAAUGUUAUCAGUUAUCGAAAAAAUGCCAUGCUAAUUUCGUAUAAUAGAUGAGAAAUGUUUGUGACAUGUUAGUAAUACUUGUGUAGAGUGAGAUUCACAAGAUGCAUCUAACAUAUGCAGUAGAUCUAAGUACAGUCUUGUGUUCCUUACCGCACUUACAAAAUCCACGCCACAAC